AUUUACUCCUGGUGAUGUUAGAUAGAAGCCUGAGGUUAAAUAUUGAAUAAACGGGAAGAGCAGAGAAAAAGAGGAGAACCCAAAAACAAAACUUCUCCCUUUCUCUAGGGUUUCUUCAAAGUUUCCAACUUUCUCUUGUUUUUCACAUUUUUGGUUACAUUUGAGCAUUGACCCAUUAAAGAGAGAUCAACUUGUUCAUAGGAGGAGAAGAAGAAGAAGAAGAAGAAGAGAAAAGAGUAACAUAUAUACAAAUAUAUAAGCUUUAGAUAAUAUAGAGAUACAUAUGCUCAUAUAUAUAUUUAUAUAGAAAUAAAGGAGAGACAGUUCUAAUUUGGUUAGUGGUUUAUAAUUAGAUAAGGAUAUGGGGAGGGGAAGAGUGGAGCUGAAGAGGAUAGAGAACAAGAUAAACAGGCAGGUGACUUUUGCAAAGAGGAGGAAUGGGUUGUUGAAGAAAGCGUAUGAACUCUCUGUGCUCUGUGAUGCUGAGGUCGCUCUCAUCAUCUUCUCUAACCGUGGCAAGCUCUAUGAGUUCAGUAGCAUCUCUAACAUGCUACAGACACUGGAAAGGUAUCAAAAGUGCAGCUAUGGAGCGGUGGAAGUCAACAAACCUGCCAAGGAGCUCGAGAGCAGCUACAGGGAGUACUUGAAAUUGAAAGCUAAAUUUGAGUCUCUGCAACGAACUCAGAGGAACCUUCUUGGGGAGGACUUGGGACCUCUGAACACCAAGGAGCUUGAGCAGAUUGAGCGUCAUUUAGAGUCAUCACUGAAGCAAGUUCGGUCCACUAGGACCCAGUUUAUGCUUGACCAGCUCUCUGAUCUUCAAAACAAGGAACAGUUGUUGCUGGAGGCUAAUAGAGCUUUGACAAUAAAGCUGGAUGAGAUCAGUGCAAGGACUAACCUUCGAUCCUCGUGGGAAAGCGGUGAGCAAAGCAUGCCAUAUGGGCAGCAGCAUACUCAAUCUCAGGAGUUAUUCCAGCCACUAGAAUGCAAUCCCACAUUGCAAAUAGGGUACAACCCUGUAGGUACAGACCAGAUGAUUGCCACAACUCAUGCCCAGCAAGUCAAUGGGUUCAUCCCAGGAUGGAUGCUUUGAGUUUUGUGCUUUAUUAUCGCCCUAUUGCUCGUAAGACUUGGGUGGUAUGCUUUUGCUUUCUCGAUGUUUGGCAAUAUGUAAACGAUUUCAAGAGCAUUUGCGCUUCUGAUACAGACAUAUAUAAAACCUUUUAGCCAUGGACCAAAAAGGCUGGUAAGCUCAAAAAUGUUGCAAAAACUCCUGACUUGGUUAUCUAUUUUCUUCCAAACAA